AUUUUAUCAGCUGGCCGCACACGGAUUUCAUCAUCUGCUUAUCCAUAUAUUUUUGCAGAUUUAAGAAUCAGAUGAAAGCAUGGCGAGUGGUGGAGAUGGUCAGGAAGAGAAAGGGAACUCUCUACCAAGAACGAGAUUACUCAGAUUCUGCAGCACCAGCAAUGACGCUGAUGAAAAUGAUGAAGAUGAAGCAAAAAGAACUGUUGAUGGUGAAAAACACAUUUCUCCAAGAUAUAUAGCUACUUUGACCAACAAUGUAAGAACUGGAACAAUCCCUGAUGGAGAAACACAAGCCCAUUCACAAGACCCUGAUGAGAGCUUGGCUAGUGCUGGAGAUGAUCAGCAAGAGAAAGGGGGAAAAAGAAGUGAUGACGAUAAAAACCACUUAGCCACAAAUUCUACCAGUACCAUUAAUCUGAGAACUGAAACAAUCCCUGGUGGAGAAAUACCAGUACAUUGUGGAGAUUUGACUAGUCCAACACUGAUCAAUCAAGCUACAGAAAAUGCAAUGGGACCACAUGGACUUGUGGCAGUAUCAAGUUCCAUGGCAGAUAUUAUUUUUCCUGAGUCUUCUUCCACAGAUGAAGUUAUAUAUAGUCGGACACCAUUGUCUCCAGCUAUAGAAAGCCAAGGAGAGGGAAUCAUGGCAGCAUCAGGACACAGGAAUGUCACUUCUUUGUCCCAAUUUCAUUUAGGAAAUAGUCCAUCUUUUCCACAUAUUCCUGAGACUUCUGACCCCGACAUAGAUUUUGUAUCAGAAUCCAGAACAAUCAGUACCACAGAAGGGGAAUUUGCUUCAUCAUUUUCAAGGGCAGACCAAUUAAUACAGAGAGAACCAUCAGUUCACACAAUUUUGAGUGAACAUUCUAUGGAAGUAAGAGAAAUUCCUGUCAUGUUAGCAGGUGAUGGUGAUGACUUAUAUAACACCUGCGCCAUAGACUCAGUACUUAUGAUGAUACUGGUAAUGGUAUUGGUUCACCCACCUCUAUCAGCUAAUUUAGUUUCAUCAUCUGAUGAAAUAUUCAAUUCAUUAUGGUAUAUUGUGUUUAUGGAAUUAUAUAUCUACAUCAACAUGGGAGCAAUACGCAGAUAUUGGGCAAAUCGUAUAUCUAACUUCCCAGGUCCAAACUGUGACAGAUUAGAUUUCGUAUCUAUGGAUCUCAGAAUUAUAGAACCAUUACUGGUAGCAACACAGUUGUUCCUUCAAAUUGAAUAUAGGUGUAGGAAUAACCGCUGCCGAUAUCACAGAUAUACAUUUCAACAAUGUUUCUCAACACUUUGUCUAGUUCAAAGAUUCCUAGGAAGAUUUGUUUGCAACUUUGACGUGUUUUAUGGGAUAUUAAAUGCAGAUAUUGUUCAAAUGGCUAUAAGCAAUUUUAUAAGUUCACCUCAAGAAGAAGACCACAGAGAUUCAUGCCCUGGAGUUAUAAGAACUAUGAUUCAGCAACCUCCACCUUUCUUCUUCCUUGAUGUUGGAGAUAUGUGGAUAUCAACUGAAAAUGCUCGAGAUUUAUUAGGAAGAACAAUUAGGAUACAACAAGAACAAUAUAUCAUUUCUGCAAUGACUAUUUAUAAUGAAGGACAUCCUGAAAAUAAUCAUGGACAUUAUUAUAGUCUUAUGUACAUUCAAGAAUUAGACAUGACAGUUAUAUAUGACAAUCAGUAUGGCAUAUUGAUGAAUUGUUUUUCUAUGUUUCAACUUAAUCAGUGGUAUAGUUAUGCUGGAGAUUGUUUAAAUAAUGGAAGAGGAUACCCUCGAGAAACUGUUUGUCUCAUAAUGUUAUUGAGAAUUUCUUAGACGAAGUUUUUGAUAUAAUUCAUUUUUAUCGUACAGUAUUUUUGUCAUUAAAACCCAAGAUUGCCUUGUUUACAAAAAUAAAAGAAGAAUGUGUGUGAUGUAAGAAUGCCCCUGCUCAAGCUUUGCAACAAAAAAAUGGAUGGAGGGAAUGACAGAAGGAUGGAAAGACAUAUGGUCAAGGGUAACACAUAAUGCCCCUGUUGCCUUCAGCAUAAAAAAUUAUUCUUUAUAUGCUGCAGCAUGCAUCUCUUAGAAGGACUAAUUAAGAUUGCAAUAUUGGAUUUUUUUUCUUCUUUAAACAGGAAGUGUUCACUAUUUACAGUCACGGGUAAUACUUAUACAGGUCAAUUUUUAUUUACUUGAAGAUGUUUAAAGUUAUAUUUACUUGUUUAUAAAGUAAAUAUGUAAGAUUUUUAUCUUAUUUUCAAGGUUUGAAUAAUCUCCCCUUAAUCUUCUCCAGCAAGUAAUUUUUUUUACAAACCCUAAAAUUCUUAAGUUUUGAGAGGUUGAAAUAUGGCUUUCAAUAUUUUUCUUGUUUGCUAAUUGAUUUUUUAUUUAAAUAGAAUUCAGCCUUAUAUCUCAAGAACUAAACAAAUAAGUCUAUUGCACAUAGAUGAUAAGUAACUGCACAAGGCCUCCAAAAAUAACAAACAAAUAAGUCUAUUGCACAUAGAUGAUAAGUAACUGCACAAGGCCUCCAAAAAUAACAAACAAAUAAGUCUAUUGCACAUAGAUGAUAAGUAACUGCACAAGGCCUCCAAAAAUAACUUCUUGGAGGCUUGUAAAUGAGCAGUGUUUUGAAGAUAUCAGACAAAUGAGAUUUUCAUUGUCCAUGAAAUUAUACUUUUAUGAAUGGUAAAGACAUCUAUUAAUGACAGACAAUUAAACACUCCAGUAGAGCAAUGUAGUCAAGAGCAAUUCAAAAAAAAGAAGACUGUUUACUUAUACAAUUAGAAAAUAUCUGAAUAUCUAAGGGAUGUAACUCAAAAAGUAGUUUUUACUAUUUCUCUAAUUCUAAGCUGAUUCAUCCUUUUCUGUACCUGUUGAUUAUUUUUAUUUUAUCAACAUGUGGUUCGUUUGAUCUCAGUUCUUCAGUCUAGUGGAUAAAUAUCGUAUCACACUUGAUGCAUUGGUAGAAUCUAUAUUUAUAUGCAAUCCAACAUAAGUUUUAACUAAUCAUAUGCAAUUGAACAGAAGUUUUUACUAUUUAUAUGCAAUAGAACAUAAGUUUUAACUAUUUAUAUGCAAUCAAACAAAAGUGAUAAUUCUGUAUAUGCAAUCAAACAGAAGUUUUAAUUCUGUAUAUGCAAUCAAACAGAAGUUGUAAUUCUGUACAUGUAUAUGCAAUCAAACAGAAGUUUUAAUUUUGUAUACAUAUAUGUUAAGACACCCCCUGAACAUAUACAAAAAUUGUACUUUGAAGGAUAUUGUAAAAAAAUCACAAAUAGUUUCCACACUGCGCAAGUGGAGAUUUCACAAUAUCAGACAUGGGGCAUUAUUAAAAUCUCUGCUUUCAUAUUAAAAUGUCCCACCUUAAAUAUUUUUGAAUUAUUACAUCACCACAAUUGUGUCAUUGAUGAAUUAUUGACCUAUAAAUAAUCACUGAAGAAAAAUAAGAGAGUAAAUUUGCCAUGACUUACAAUUCCCGUCAAGUUUUUAUUUCAUAACUCGUGAUCAAGGUUGUUAAAACAUUUUACAGCUUUUUAGUACUGAGAAGAAAAAUAAACCAAGAGUGAUUGUUAUGAAAAAAAGUUUAUGUAGUCAGAAAUCAAAUUGAUGUAUUUCCUGGUCAAGUCAUAAUAUAUUAUGAUACUAGUCAGUUCACAAUGAGAUUUGAACGUAAAUGUACGACACAUUACAUAUUAUAAUAUAUGAAAAGAUAAGAUGUCUUUUAGUAGACAUUAACCAGGAGUAAGAAUAAAGCAAAACAGGAAGACAUAUUGUAAACUUUUUAAACGUCUUUUUAUGGGAUGCAGAAAGUUAAAUCAAAAAUGAUAUAUGCAAAAUGUUUGUUCAACACAUUUCCUUGGGAUAUGAUAAUUGUUUAUUAAAAGUGAUUUUGUUAAGAUUUUUUGAUACAAAAAAUUAUGGUUUUGCUCAAAUUUAUAUAUAUUUUUAUAUUGAGUAUUUUGUAUUUGAUAAUCUUAUUAAAUAUAUUUGAUAAAUUAUUGACCUAUAACUAAUCAUUGGAAAGAAUAAGUGGGUCGCUUUUCCAUGACAUAUCAUUACCAUUGAUUUUUUUACAAUACUCAUGAUAAAGGUUGUAAAAUAUUUUAAAGACUGAGAAAAAAAAUGAACAAAGAAAGAUUUUGAUAAAUGAAGGUUUUUGUAGUAAAAAAUUGAAUUCAUAUAUUUUCUGUUCAUAUAAUAGUACUAGUUAGUUCACAAUGAGCUUUAAAUUGUUAUGAUAUUAGAUACAAAAUGGUAAGAUAUGAUAUCUUUUAUUAGACAUUACAGUCCUUCCUUAGCCUUUAUAUAUCACCCUCCUCAGUCACUCAGUAAUUCUCUUAUCACCGCUUUGAGACCUGAACAGACAUUGUCAGAGAUGACAGAAUGUCUAAGUAGAAGUGACGUCACACAUUGUAAGGAGACGUUAUCAAACUUACUUUUGUUAAGCAUAAAGCUGUCUAAUGGAAAGGAUAAUAGAACCAUGAACAGAUUAUCAGGUUUUCUACGUAUGUAUAUCGUAAAAUAACAGCAGCUCAACACUAUGUAAAGUUUUUUUAUUGUUCGCUACACUUGCUCGCCAAAAAGGUUCACAUUGUGGCUCACAGCUGAUAUUUGUCUAUAUCAAUGGGAAGAAAACCUGAUAAUCUAUACUACCCAGAUAGUACAUGUAGUAAGAAUAAAGCAAAAAGGAAGACUUAUUAUAAACUUCAAUGACUUUUUAUGAAAUGCAGAGUGUUAAUCAAGAAUGAUAUAUGCAAAAUAUUUAUUCACCAUGAAUGCAUUUUACUUAAAAUUAUCAUAUGUAGGUAGGAUGCAUGAAACAUUUAAAGUUGAAUCUCAUCUUAAGCAUGUCUGUGCCAUAUUGUAAUUGUUAAUGAUUGUGAUUUCAUUAAUGUUUUUUGAUAAAAUUUAUGUAUAUUUUUUAUAUUGAGUAUUUUCUACUUGAUAAUCUUAUUAAAUAUAAUUGUUUUCA